AUGACUCCAAAUAAACUGCAAGUGGAAAUUGUUGUCAACGAUGGAAGCGAACCUUCAUAUACGAAUGAAAAGCACGAUAAUGUGAUUGAAGUGGAAAAAUCUAAACUUGAUGAAGGUGCUAUAUUCUUGAAUUCCCAUCCGGAAUAUUCUGGAUAUACCGAGGCUGACGAGAAAAGACUCAAAAUCAAACUUGAUGUUAUUCUUAUUCCCAUUUUAACAAUUGCCAUUCUUGUUUCAGCUGCCGACAAAAUCAUUCUUUCCAAUGCUUCGCUAUACGGCAUGAGUGUGGACUUGAACUUGAAGAAUAACCAGUACUCUUGGGCAGGAAGUAUAUUUUUCUUUGGAUACCUUAUAAUGGAGCCACUUGCCAAUUUCCUACUUCAAAGAUACAGAAUUGGUAAAGUUCUUGGUAUCACUUAUACGUUGUGGAGUAUAAUUAUGGCAUGUAUGGGAGCAACUCAUAAUUUUGCUGGCAUAGCUAGUCUUCGUUUUGUCAUGGGUAUGGGUGAAGCCUUCAUUUUUCCUGGCGUGAACGCAAUCAUUGCCAUGUUUUAUACAAAGAAAGAACUGCCAAUUCGAUUGGCUAUCGUGUUCAGUGCUUUAUCGUCGCUUCUUUCGAAUGGUGUGGCUGUUGGAAUUGGUGAAAGACACACACUGAUUGCUCCUUGGAGAUUGCUCUUUAUAGUUCUUGGAGUCGUUUCUUUCGUUCUUGGAAUCCUGUUGAUUGCGUUCGUUCCAGAUUCGCCAACUAAAACAUAUCUUCUCACAGAAAAAGAGAAGUAUAUUGCCGUUUCAAGGAUGCAACAUAACGGAACCGGAAUCAAGAAUUCCCAUUUCAAAAAGUAUCAGUUGAUGGAAGCAUUAACAGACUGGAAAACUUGGGUUGCAGCCUUGAUGGUUUUAGCGAUCCAAGUUCCCAAUGGUGCUUUGGUCACUUUUGCCAGUCAAAUUGUAUCCGGGUUGGGAAACUCCAAAAGAGAAACCUUAUUAUUGGGUAUGCCAACCGGAGUCUUCAUGUCAGUUGCUUCUUUAUUGAUUGCACUUGGUUCAUACCUUUUAAGGUAUAGAUACGUCAUGAUAUUAUCCGGUGUCUGCAUGUUGGUACCAUUGGUCUGUUGUGUACUUAUCAUGAAAUUGAAAGAUAACAAGCACUUGUUAGUGUGUUACUAUUUCUUUUAUUUCUACUGGGGCCCCUAUCCACUUGUUUUAUCCACCAUCAACAACAAUACCUCUGGCUACACCAAAAAAACGGCUGUGAAUACAAUUUGCUUUAUCAGUUACUGUGUCGCUAAUAUCAUAGCACCACAAUUUUUCAUAUCCAGUGAAGAACCAAAGUAUCCUACUGGAUACAGAGCGCUCUUGGCAUUUUUGGUCGUUUCUGUUUUGACCUCUAUAGCUUACAGUGUGGGAUGUUAUUUGGAGAACCAAAAGCGUGACCGGUUGUACGGAGUUCCAACCGGUGAAACUGAUGAAAAUGACAAUUUGGAUAUAACUGAUCACGAGAAAAAGUAUUUUAGGUAUGUUUUUUGA